GUAGUACCAAAAACGCAGUGAACUUUUAUGCAAAGAUAUAACUCUUGAAUUCAUGCCUCUUUAGGACCAAAAACUAAUAUAACCUGACUUAAUUCUACCUCAUGAGCUUAAAUAAAUGACCUUACAACCUAGGUACCUAAAAACUACUUAUCUAACAUGUAAAGGCUACUAAGAGGGAACAUAUCACUUACAACUUUCCGUCUAAAUUUUGCAGCGUUUUAGUAUAAUUUCAACAUAAUUUAUGGGACAAAUACCUAUAGAUUGCUUACCAUUAUAUCGUGCAUUACUUGAGGUCUGCUGGCCGUUACGCUUGGCCCUUGGGCCUUGGGACUAAUCAUUGGCAGAUUGCAGAGUGCCCCUCAAUCUGAGAGUCUGGGCCACGGAGCUGUCUACUGCCGUACAGUCUGGUGGACGCUGUCGGGCGUCGUCUGCGGCCGAAUGCUAGGCUCGCUCACGGUCGCUCUGUACCUGGUGUCGCGGUGCUUGGAGCAGGUCAUGGGUCAGGUGUUGGCGCGGCUAGCUCCGGACUGGCGGGGUGCGACGGAUGGCCCCGCAGCGGCCGACGCCCGCGGUCAGGACGAGUGCGGCGGCCGGCUGCACGCGCCCGCUCGCGGCCUGCACCGCGUGGCGCUGCACGAUGACGAGGAGAUGGUGAUCCGAGAGAAGGUCGAAAACGGCACGCGGCAGGAGCACCACAGCGAGGCUGUGCUCCUCGAACACCAGCCCAAUGGUGUGCUCCUGGUGCAGCCCGCCGAGCCGGCUGGCCAAGUGCUGCCGGUCAAGCGGCCGCCGCCGCCGGCCUCCGAGCAGACGGAGUCCAAGCGGCGGCUGCCGGCCGAGCUGGGCACCCUGAUCCGCUGUCAGUACUCGUUCCUGGACGACCCAGAGACGGUGGACUAUCUGCGCACCUCCAAGGUGUUGUUCGUACUGCGCGGUCUGCCCGGCUGCGGCAAAACCUAUCUGGCCGACAAGAUAGCGACCACCUACCCGGGCGCCGUCCUGUGCUCGGCCGAUCACUUCUUCAUGAAAGAUGGCAGCUACCAGUUCGAUCGUGAGCAGCUGUCGGCGGCGCACGAGUCGUGUAAGCAGCGCGCCGAACACGCCUGUCUGGAGCAGCGCAGUCACAUCGUCGUGGACAACACCAACCUGCGCUACUGGGAGUGGUCCGAGUACGCCAAGCUGGCGGCGCGUCACCACUACCUGGUGCUGGUGCAGGAGCCGGCGACGGCCUGGCGCCGCGACCCGCACCGGCUGGCCAUCACCAACUGCCACGGCGUCACCGAACAGGAGAUCAGGAAGAAGCUGAAGUCGAUACAGGAGCCGGUACCAAAGUAUUAUGGCUGGUUUCUGAACGCCGCCGAUUGUCGCGAUCUGCUGGACCGAGUUUGGAGCCUCCUGCAGACGAUGCACCGUGCCAGCGACCAGUUCAGAGAGGAGUUGACCCUGAUGACUGGCAGUGACAGCAUCUCGGACCUGGGCUCGCUGUACCAGCCGCCUGCCGAGCUGCUCCACUGCACGGCGUUCUUCUGCGGCGGCCGGGCGCGCGCCGCCGCCGGCCGCCAGUACGGCGAGCGGGCCGAGGUGCGGCGCGCGCUGGGCGCCCUCUCCACGGCGCGCCUGACAGCCGUCCUGAUCACACCUCGCACUGUCUGCGGCCGGGUGACGCUGGACGCCGAGCAGCUGGCGCUGUGGCACCAGCCGGACCGGGAGGCGGGCCCGCCGCCGCCGGCGCGGCCCGAGCGGCCCCGACCGCCACCCGCCGGCUGGCAGGUGGGCGCCGCCCAGCCCUCUCUGGCCGUCUCCGGCUCGAAGCGGCCGGCACGGACCGAGUGCGGCCGGCGCGCGCACGUGACGCUGGGCUGCCGGCCCGGCUGGCCGCCGGUGACGGCCGGGUGCGACCUGCUGACGGCGCUGGACCGACUGGAGGCCAGUCCGGAACUGCUGCGGCGGCCGCCGGCGGCAGCGGCGGGCCGCGCCGCGCUGCACCAUCUCGGCGAGCAGCUGUGGUACCUGGACCUGGACAGGGACCUGGUGGUGGAUGUGAUGUUCAGCGGCCGCUACUGAGCGUCCGGCGAGGCGGGAUGGGCGGACUGGCCUGCCCUCUGCGAACGAAGACUGACCUGGAGAGUGGCAGUCUGCCUGUAGCGCUGACUGCUGGUUCAGACAGUCUGCCUUACCAGUGACUGGUCCUGACAGACUGGACUGCUGCCAGUCUGUCAGACUGCCGACACGAACGGACUGACCUGUACAAUCGGGUGGCCCGUUGGCCUGUUUGCUUUACGUGGGUAACUUUUUAAGUGCAAAUUGGACAGGCCACAGGCCUGUCUAUUCUGUUUUAUUGGGUUGGGUGCGGUACUAUCACGUAGCUGCUCCUCGUGCUCAUGAAUAAUCGUACUCAUGAAACAUUACGGAUACCAAAUACUGUUACAAUGCGCACGCAUUGAUUGUAUUGUAUGCAUUGUUUAUGACUGUCAUUCAUCUCCAACUCUAACUAUCUCCAACUAUCACACCAUUGACCUGUAGAGGCUGUGGAGGUCGAUACAUCACAAAGCCGAAAGCCCUAGGAAAUCGACUUGUGUGUGGGUUCGUGUAGGUGGUUGUGCUUGGCUCAUUGUAUAUAAUCAUCAUUUUGCAGUUAUCGCAUAUUAGUACUAUCAGAUCUCUCGCGGUUGGGUUCGUGUUUUCAUCCCGCGAUAUAUUUGUUUUGUUUUGUUGGUACUUGAAUGCGGUUUUUAUUUCAAUGAUGUUUGACUAAUGCUAUUUCCUUUUGUUUUGCGUUACUCAACGAAACUUCUUUGUUACAUUGCACAAAACGUUUCGGUGAAGUAGGUACUGAAGUGACAGCAUGUGUGUCCUCUCCGUCACACAUAACACGUUGUGUUAUUAUUGUUCGAAACUUCGCGAUAGUUGGUACAUGCAUCGCGCAUCGUUUAAACUCAAUGAAUUCACCAAUCACCUCACCACAUUGGAUCGUACAAUGUUAUGUUUGCUUAAUUGUUAUGCUAUCUACGAAUAAAAUGAAAUUGCACAAACA